AUGAAUGGCGUGGGGAGCUCGUUCGGGCAACCUGCGCAAUGGCAGGAGCAUCGGACCGAGGAUGGUCGAGUCUACUAUUACAAUGCUGCCACCAAGGUCACCCAGUGGACCAAGCCCGAGGAUAUGAUGACGGCUGCCGAGCGCGCUCUGGCGAACCAGCCAUGGAAGGAAUACACGGCUGAGGGUGGCCGCAAGUACUGGUACAACACCGAGACGAAGCAGAGCUCAUGGGAGAUGCCCGAGGCCUACAAGCAAGCCUCUGGCGCCACCGACACCCCCGUGCCCCCGGCUGCCGCUCCUUACAACGGCGGAGAUCGAUACAGUGGAGGAGGCGACAGGUACAACGGUGGUGGAGACAGACACAACGGCGGGGACAGACACAACGGCGGUGACAGGCACAACGGCGGUGACAGAUACGCGGGCCACGACCGCUACCGCGACGACCGAGACGCUCUCCCCGAGUCGCGCCAGCUGACCUACAACAGCGACCCUGCUGCCAAAGCAUUCGUCCCCGCCAGCAACGACCCCGACUACGCCACCUUUGAGGAGGCCGAAGCCGCCUUCCUCAAGCUGCUGAAGCGCAGCGGUGUCCAGCCUGACUGGAACUGGGAGCAGACGCUGCGAACAAUCGCCAAGGAUCCCCAAUACCGCGCCAUCAAGGAUCCCAAGGAUCGCAAGGCCGCGUUCGAGAAGUACUGCCAUGACAUGAUUGUGCACGACAAGGAGCGUGCCAAGGAGAGGCUGACCAAGCUGCGUGCCGAUUUCGAGACCAUGCUGAAGAGGCAUCCCGAGAUCAAGCACUACACCCGCUGGAAGACGGCGCGGCCCAUGAUCGAGGGCGAGACCAUCUUCCGCUCGACCGACAAUGAGACGGAACGCCGCCAGCUGUUCGAGGAAUACAUCAUUGAGCUCAAGAAGGUCCACGUCGACCACCAGACGUCGUCGCGCAAGACGGCCAUGGACGGGCUCAUUGACCUGCUGCCCAAGCUGAACCUCGAGCCCUACACGCGCUGGGCGGACGCCCAAGGUAUCAUCUCCUCCACCCCGCCUUUCCAGAACGACGAGAGGUACAAGACUCUCAGCCAGUUUGACGUCCUGACCGCGUUCCAAAACCAUAUGAAGGCCCUCGAACGCACCUUCAAUGACUCGAAGCAGGAGCAGAAGAACCAAAAGUUCCGCAGGGAGCGCAAGGCCCGUGAUGCCUUCCUGGACCUUCUCAACGAGCUCAGAAGGCAGGGUAAGAUCAAUGCCGCGACCAAGUGGCAAAAGUUCCACCCUCUGAUCGAAAAUGAGGAGCGCUACCGUGCCAUGGCUGGCCAACCCGGCUCUACGCCGCAGGAGCUCUUCUGGGACAUUGUCGAGGAGGAGGAGAGAGCACUGCGCGGCCCUAGGGUCGACGUGCUCGAUGUCCUCGAUGAUGAGCGGUUUGAGGUGACUCCCAAGACAACCUUUGACGAGUUCCUUGCUGUUGUCAAGAAGAACCGACGCACUGCUAACAUUAACAACGAUACCCUCACCAUCUUGUUUGAACGCCUCCAGGAACGCCGAUCCAAGCGGCCAGAGGAUGACAAGCACUCCGAGCGCCAACAACGCCGAGCGGUAGACGACCUGCGCACGCAUAUGAAGCGCGUGGAACCUCCCAUUGCCGUCGGCGAUACAUGGGAGAAGGUUCGCCCGCGUCUUGCGGAUAGCCCGGCUUUCCAGGCCGUCGCCUCCGAGGAGGCCAGAGUCGGUGCCUUUGACAAGUUUGUCCGCCGACUACGCGAGAAGGAGGAGGACGCCGACCUUGACCGCCGCAGGCGCCGUGAUCGUGGCUCGAGUGAGCGCGACCUGUACCGCGAUCGCGACACUCAUCGCGAGAGAGACCGUUCGAGAGGUGAGAGGUCCUACCGUGGUGGGGGAGGCCGAGCUUCCAGGCGCAGCCGCAGCCCCGAAGUGGACGCCUACGAAGCCGACAGACGUAAAGCCAUCGCCGAGCGCAAGCGCAACCACCGCAAGUCAACCAUGGCCGAGAGCCUGCUGUCGGACCGUCGCGCCUCGCCGCCGCCGCCGCCUCCCCGUCGUGAGCGUUCGCGCGAACGCAACGGCGGUCGCGACCGUGAGCGAGAGCGUGAACGGGAGCGAGACCGAGACUACGAUCGCCCCAGCCGAUCCCGCCGCGACGACGACGCAUAUUACGACCGCGACCGACGUGACAGGGAGGACGAGCGCGAACGUACCUACCGCCGACGCAUCGAUUCAUAUGACGAACUUCCUUAUGGAGAUGAGCGUCCUUCUGGAUCCCGCCGCCGCCGAGACGACGAUGAUGCCGACAGACGGGAUUCCAGAGACUCCAAGCGAGUCAAGCGUGAGAAGACACCCCGCGAGCGCGAGACCACCCCUCCUCGCGACGUCAAGACUAAGUCCCCCCUUCCCCCGACCGCCACUACCGCUGCUGCUGUGACGGGUAAGAAAGAAGCCAAGGAAGAUGACGCCGGCGUUCAUUCUGGGUCCGAGGAAGGCGAGAUUGAGGAGGAUUAG